AUGUCCAUGGCUGUUCAUCAUAGCACAGGCACGCAUACAUGGACCAGUACACGGCCUAUUCCAUUAGAAGAGUGGCUUAAUCGCAGCGAAUACACUGAACAUUGGUUAGAUAAACUAGCCAAGCAAUUAAACUCAGCUGAGAGUUUUGAUGCAAGCAGUGGCGAAUUUCACAUUGAACUGUUGUUUUUUAAGAAUCGUCAACGCGGAAGCGGUCGUAAAGGCAAAAAAGGAAACCUCGGCAGUAUGUCUAAUGAAGACAUGCUCAAAAAGAAGAAAUGCCUUAUCACGAUCAAGAAUAAAGAUGAACUUUGUGCUUCGCGCGCAAUUGUCACGAUGCAAGCCCUUGCUGAUGGAAAUCCACAGUAUAAGACCCUCAAAAAUGGUAGCGGUCAGCAAGGCUAUCUUGCCCAUAAACUUUGUCAAGAAGCCGGGGUAGCUGAGGGAUCGUGUGGUGCCGAAGAAUUGCUGCAGUUUCAAGAUUAUUUAGGUCCUCGAGAUUAUCAGAUCAUUGUCUUUGAAGGACAACGAGGCAUGAUUUGGUUCAAAGACCGCGCUUACAAUGAUGCAUCCAAAAAAAUUUGUCUGCUCAAAGUAGAAAAUCACUUUCACGGGGUGCGUAGCAUUCCAGCCCUGUUAAACAGAUGUUUUUAUUGCCAUCACUGCGAGAAAGGCUACAGCAAUGAGACGGCCGAAAAUCAUAAUUGCCGGGGGCAGAACUGUAGUAGUUGCAGAAGAACGAAUGGAGCUUGUCCUAAUUUCGCGACCUAUGUGACACCAGAAGUUUAUUGUGAUCAAUGUAAUCAAACGUUUUACGGACAGAACUGUUAUGAUGCACACAAACAAGGAGCGAAUAGUGUUUGCAGUCGAUUUAAAAAGUGUCACGAAUGCUGUCAAGUUUACAAGUUCCAUCCCAAAAAGAAACAUCGCUGCUAUCACGCUCUUUGCCGAAACUGUAAGGAAGUCACACACGUCAAUCACCGUUGUUUUAUUCAACCCAUUGUGGAUGAAGACAAAACAGCGUGGGGUCCGCGUAUGGUCUCAGAGGAUGCGACCGAAGAAAGGAUGAUGGAUUUUGAAGAGGCAGAGAGCGAAGGAGACAGUGAAGGAAAAGAAAAAGUGGAAGCCAUGAUUUGUGCCAUGGACUUUGAAUGUACGCAGAAUGAAAUCGAAGAGUUUGAAGUAGUGCGUGUUGGAUGGAAAUAUCUGGAUGAGAACGAUGGUUAUCAGGAAGCGGGA